AUGCACAUCACUACAGAGGACAUUGUCUACCUCAGGACGUCUUCCGAGACCAACACCAUGAGGCGAUCACAUGAAGACGAAGCUCCUCCCAGCUACAAUGACGCCAUUACCAUCGACAAUCUGCAGUCAGAAAUCACACUCCACGACGAACACUUUUACGGAGACCAAAUAGAACCCACGGGCUCUCUCGAAUCAACGACGCCCUCUCAGGAUAAGGACAUUGCAGGCGAACGUCCACCUCAAGCCAAAUGGCUCGUAAAGUCCACGACCGACCCUUCCGCCUGGAAGCUCCUCACCAAUGGUCCACUAAUGACCAACGCGACCACCCCUCACAAUUCCUCUCCUCUUACCAAACGUCGAUACCGCGUGCUCUUCCCUCUGGGCUACGAAGAUGUCUACCUCCACAAAUCCUCCUGGUCUAGCAGCGACGCAUCCUCCCUCCCCGACUUCCAUAUUGAGCUAUACUCCCCAGCCAAAUGCUCCGAGCGCUACGAACCCGAGCCGAUUGUCGUCCUGGGUCCGACAGACCCAUCCCAACAAACCGACUCCCUCGCCCGCUCCCACCUCGUCACUCAUCUGCCGAAAACAUUCUCUAUCAUUGAAUCCGAAGUCACGAAGACCACACGCAUGGUCACCUUCUGCGAGUCUGAAUUCUUCAGCUGGGACUGGGAUUGCAAAACCUCGGCUGCGCGACAUGAUAUGCGAAUGAUGAUUCACCGAGCACGGAAGAAAGUUAUUACUGUCGCACACCUGGUUAGGCGAUUGGAGCAAUGCGUAGAUUUCUGUGGCAAGAAAGGAGAUUAUCAGUUUGAGGCGGCAUUGAAGUUGCUGAGAAGGAGUCUGAGGGAGGUUGGUUAUCGAAUGGGCAGACUGCAAGUUUGA